CAACUCUAUGAUUUUAAUUUUCGUCUCAAAUUUCGUUGUGCUCGCGCAAACCUAACCCUAACAUUCCAUUUCCUAACCUCAGAAACCCUAUUCUCAACGUGAUUCGAGCCAAAAGAUAGGGUUUUCUCAUAGGAUCCAAUUUCCGUGUUAAUCGGGUUUUAUGGGUUCGAAUUGACGCUUCGGGGGGCUAAUUCGGGUUCGGUUCGGAUUUAUACCGAGAAUCGGAAUCUCUGUGGUGGUAGUAGGGUUUGUGAGAGAGCUGUAAUCGGAGAAGAUGAGCGCUCCGAAGAAGAAGAACUUCCAGAUAGAGGCGUUCAAGCACCGGGUCGUGGUGGAUCCCAAGUACCCAGAGAAGACGUGGAAGAUUCUGGAGCAUGCGAUCCACGAGAUUUACAAUCAUAAUGCUAGCGGGCUCAGCUUCGAAGAGCUUUAUAGGAAUGCUUACAACAUGGUGCUGCACAAAUUUGGAGAAAAACUCUACUCUGGACUUGUGGCAACUAUGACUUCGCAUCUAAGUGAAAUAUCUAAAUCGAUUGAAGCUGCACAGGGGGAGUUAUUUUUGGAAGAGCUGAACAGGAAAUGGGCAGAUCAUAACAAGGCAUUGCAAAUGAUCCGAGAUAUAUUGAUGUACAUGGAUAGGACUUUCAUCCCAAGCACACACAAAACCCCAGUUCAUGAGCUUGGGUUGAAUUUGUGGAGAGAUGUUGUUAUCCACUCCAGCAAAACCCAGACUAGGCUUCGGGAUACACUUCUUGAGCUUGUGCAUAGAGAAAGGAAUGGAGAAGUUAUAAAUAGGGGUUUGAUGAGGAAUAUUAUAAAGAUGCUAAUGGAUUUAGGUUCUACUGUUUACCAAGAAGACUUUGAGCACCAUUUUCUUGAAGUUUCAGCUGAUUUUUACCGUCUUGAGUCUCAACAAUUUAUUGAGUGUUGUGAUUGUGGGGAUUAUCUAAAAAAGGCUGAGAGACGUCUAAAUGAAGAAAUGGAGAGAGUGUCCCAUUAUUUGGACACAAGAAGUUUAGACAAGAUAACUAAUGUGGUCGAGAAGGAGAUGAUUGAAAGUCACAUGCAGAGACUUGUCCAUAUGGAGAACUCGGGCAUAGUUAAUAUGCUUGUGAAUGACAAAUAUGAGGACUUGGGAAGGAUGUAUAACUUGUUUCGCAGAGUGCCCACAGGACUCUCAAUAGUUAGGGAUGUCAUGACUUCAUACAUUCGGGAUACUGGUAAGCAACUAGUUACUGAUCCAGAAAGGUUGAGGGAUCCUGUAGACUUUGUGCAGCGGCUCCUGGAUUUAAAAGAUAAAUAUGACAAAAUCAUCAGUUUGGCAUUUGGCAAUGACAAAACAUUCCAGAAUGCUUUGAAUUCCUCUUUUGAGUACUUCAUUAAUUUGAACACUCGGUCUCCAGAAUUUAUCUCUUUGUUUGUGGAUGACAAGCUACGUAAAGGACUCAGAGGAGUUAGUGAGGAGGAUGUGGAGGUUGUACUGGACAAGGUCAUGAUGCUUUUCCGUUACCUCCAAGAGAAAGAUGUAUUUGAGAAGUAUUACAAGCAACAUUUGGCCAAGAGGCUUCUUGCAGGGAAAACUGUCUCUGAUGAUGCAGAAAGAAGUUUGAUUGUUAAGCUUAAAACAGAAUGUGGAUAUCAGUUUACAUCUAAACUGGAAGGUAUGUUCACUGAUAUGAAGACCUCUCAGGAUACAAUGCAGGGCUUCUAUGCGAGCAAUGGCCCCGAUUUAGUAGGGGAUAGCCCUACUUUAGCUGUCCAAGUGCUCACUACAGGUUCGUGGCCAACUCAACCAAGUGCUACAUGCAACCUUCCAGCAGAAAUCCUAGGGGUAUGUGAGAAGUUCAGGAGUUAUUAUCUUGGGACUCAUACUGGGCGUAGGCUGUCUUGGCAAACAAAUAUGGGCACCGCUGAUUUGAAAGCAACCUUUGGGAAGGGCCAGAAGCAUGAGCUGAAUGUUUCCACCUACCAGAUGUGUGUACUGAUGCUUUUCAAUAAUGCCGAUCGCAUGACUUAUAAAGAGAUUGAACAAGCCACGGAGAUACCUGCCUCAGACUUGAAGAGAUGUCUACAGUCUCUGGCCUGUGUCAAGGGGAAGAAUGUUCUGCGGAAGGAGCCUAUGAGCAAGGACAUAGCGGAGGAUGAUGCCUUUUUCUUUAACGAAAAGUUCACAAGCAAGCUCUACAAGGUAAAAAUAGGUACUGUUGUUGCACAGAGGGAGUCUGAACCUGAAAAUCAAGAAACCCGGCAGAGAGUAGAGGAAGAUAGGAAGCCUCAGAUUGAGGCAGCGAUUGUGAGGAUCAUGAAGUCAAGGCGGAUGCUAGAUCAUAAUAACAUUAUUGCUGAAGUCACGAAGCAGCUGCAGGCGCGGUUCUUACCCAACCCUGUUAUUAUCAAAAAACGAAUUGAAUCCCUCAUUGAGAGAGAGUUUUUGGAGAGGGAUAAAAAUGAUAGGAAAAUGUAUCGGUACCUUGCUUGAAGAAACUCUAUGAUUGUCUCAUUUUGUCAAGGUAUUGGACAUGGCCCGUGUGGUUGUACCCUCCAUUUAUUUUAAAUUGAGGAUUGUCCUCGAAUUACUCAAGCCUUGGAUGGGUUUCAAUGAAUUCGAUUUAGCAUCUUUACUGCGUAGAAUCUAUGAGCUCCUCUUGAUUGAACUCUUUGUGGGCUAGGUUGGAAGAUGGGAUUUUCUGAUCCUGGCGGUCCAUGUUAUUUUCGCAGCAGAAGGCUGCUAUGAACUCUUGGAACACGUUUGAGUCCCCCCCCUCAGGCAAACUUCUGGGCAGAAUGGGGUAGCUCUACUUGUUGUUUGAAGCUCUGAAUUGUCUAAGUUACUUUCUCAAUCUUUUUCUUAUCUUCAUAUUGUUCCAUUUGCUGGUGGAAUUGUCAAUGUUUGUUUCUGUGGAAAAAACCUUGUUAAAUGAGCAGAAGAAAACGUUGCCUUGUAAACUUACUUGUAAGCAUAAAAAGGUGGAAACUUUGUACU